GAAUGCAAACACGAAACCUCAGCCGGCCUAUCAUCACUAGAGAAAUUAUACCCCGAGAUCUUGUUAAUAAUUACCCAGCACGGAAUGAGUGGCACAGACAGCUGCCAGGGCUCCAGAAAUAAGUUUCCUUCUUUUUAUAUCUUACGUUUAAUACGUCAAAGCCCGCGCGGUUCCGAUGUUUUUGCGCGGGGCGUGGAGAGUUGGUGGUAGGUUGGGGGCGGACUCCCUAGGAUGCUGUACCGGUAGAGCAGACAUGUUGCAGGGAAGCUUCAAGUGGCAGAGACUUCGGAAGAUCUAUGCGCAGAACGUCUCGGGUCUGCAGAACUCUGCGGAUGGAGCAGAGGCAGGUUCCUCCUCUCCCUCCUUCUUCAUGGCCACCAUCUCACAGAUGGUCACAGAGAUCAUCGGGCCUAAAGAAGCCGGGCUGAAGAAGCCCACCAUACCAGAGGGUAAGACCAGGCACUUGUGUGACGUGUACAGAUCGCUGUCCCCAGAAGACAAGGCCACAUUUCUGCGAGUCAUCUCCCAGCAGUUUGGUACAGACCACGAUGAGGUACUGAAGGCAGCCGAGGGUCUACCACAGGCAAAGGAGAAGAGUGAAGGUGCGUUACUGAAGGCAGAAGAGAGACUCCAGGCUGCACUGGUGCCCCGGUACCAUGACCUGUUUGUGCAGAUUGGGAGACUGGAGGGAGGAGUCAAAUACCUUGUGGACAUGAGGGCAGACACACUGGACCUGCUGACCACAGUGAAGGACAGCAGCGUCAGUGCCGAGCUGCGCAGCUUCAGCUCGUGUUUGAGAGAGAUGCUGUCUCAUUGGUUCUCAGCAGGGCUACUGCAUCUACAGAGGAUAACAUGGGAGUCAUCAUGUGACAUCUUACAAAAGAUUAGUGAGUACGAGGCAGUCCACCCCAUGAGGAACUGGACAGACCUGAAGCGGAGAGUCGGGCCGAACAGGAGAUGUUUCAUCUUCACUCACAGCACCAUGCCCAGGGAACCUGUGGUGGUCCUGCACACUGCACUCACCAAUCAGAUCUCUGAUAACAUCCAGACUAUUGUGGCGACGGCUCUCCCAGACGAAGAGGAUGCAGACGACAUCAACACCGCCAUCUUUUAUUCCAUCACCUCCACACAGAAAGGUCUCCAGGGGGUUGAACUUGGAAACUACCUCAUCAAGCGCGUUGUGCGGGAGCUUCAGGCGGAGUUUCCCAAGAUGACUCAGUUCUCGUCCCUCUCCCCCAUCCCCGGAUUCAGGGACUGGCUGGUUGGAGAGAUCAACAAGGUGCUCAGUUCUACAGAGUCUUCCUCGUCAGAUGACAGUGGGGUUGACGGCCCUACAUCCACACCUCCGGCCCUCCUGACCUCGGCUGAACUUGAGAAGGUUGCAGAGAUUGCUGGGAAGGAGGAUGCGUUGCCGUUGGUUACGCUGAAGAAACUCCUACAGACCAACCAGUGGAUGGGAGCAGAGUCUAUGGUAGAGAUGCUGAGAGACCCGCUCAUGAGAUUAUGUGCAAGAUAUCUGUAUCUUGAGAAGAGGAGAGGGUAUGCUGUCAAUCCUGUAGCUAAUUUCCACCUGAGAAAUGGAGCGGUCCUGUGGAGGCUGAACUGGCAAGCCGACACAAAUCCUCGGGGAAUCAGUCAGUCCUGUGGCAUCAUGGUGAACUACAGAUAUUUCCUGGGAGACACGAUGAGGAACAGUCAGCGGUACAUGGAGGAACAGCACAUCGAGGCCUCGCAACAGGUCAUUGACCUUGCACAGGCCGCAGGGGGGGUGGACGCAGGGGGCGUGGACACUCCAGCUGGGAAGAGUAACCUGUAGGGGGGGGGGGUACUGGAAGACAGGGGGUACUUAGCAUUAAGCAGUGUAGGGGUGAACCACAGCAUGUUGGCAAAACGUACUGUACCUGUAUCUGUGCGAAUCCUGUAAUGUAGUGUGCAUAGCACUUUGGCAGAAAGUCUCAUAUAAUGUCGUAUUUGCG